AUCAGCUAAUUUAUGAAGGAUUAGCUGUUUGAAGUAAUUUUGGCUUCGGCUUGUCCAUAGUAUUUGAGCCCAAUUACUGGAUUAGACACCGGCAAGAGAGAAUAGCAAAGCAGCACAGUAAUGAUUUGCACUAGAGCCGUCGCAGCUAAACCGCACUUUUUAGCAUUGCGCAACCACUCUCCAUCCGCCGCCGUCUUACGCCGCCGCUUCUCCGCCUCCUCGACUGUCAGAAUGUCUGCGGCUGGACGAAUCGUCGAGCACGUGGUGCUCUUCAAGGUCAAACCGGACGCCGACGCUUCCAAGGUCAACGACAUGGUGGCGAACCUCAACGGUCUCACGUCCCUGCCGCAGGUGCUCCACCUCACCGCCGGUGCGGUGCUCCGCACCCGAUCCGACUCCUUCGCCUUCUCCCACCUGCUCCAUUCUCGGUACGCCUCCAUGUCCGAUCUCGCCGCCUACUCCGCCCACCCCGAUCACACGGGCGUCGUCAAGGCCUACGUGCUUCCGAUCUGCGACGACAUCAUGGCCGUCGAUUGGAUCUCCGACGAAUUAGCCGGCCCGGUGAAGGUGCCUCCCGGAUCUGCCAUGAGGGUGACAUUUCUGAAGCUGAAGGAGAAUUCGGGGGAAGGCGAGAAGGGCGAGAUUCUGAGGGUGACGAGAGGAAUCAAGGAGAAGCUCCCUUCGAUUGAUCAGCUGAGCGUGGGGGAAAACCUGUCGCCGGCGAGGGCGAAGGGCUUCUCGAUCGGAUCGGUUGCCGUGUUUGGAGGGGUGAAAGAUUUGGAGUCAUUGGAGUCGGAAUCGGCGGCGGCGGCGGCGAAGGAGGAGAAGGACAAGGUGAGGGAGUUUCUGGACGGCGUGCUGGUGGUUGAUUACGCCGUUCCGGCUUAUCUGUAGGGGUUAAAUGCGUCAUUCUACCAUCUUUGCGGGUCUUUUAGAGUUUUUUAUGAAGUAUAAUUAAAUUCCGAAAAUGGUUUUUGUAAUAAUUUACUUCCUAUCUCUCAAAAUAUCAAAGAUUUUGAUUUUGAAUGGAUUUAAAGAAGUGUAUUUUAGUGUUGAGUUUUCUAAAAUGUUUUUAAAUAUGAUAUGUAAAAUUAAAAUUUGAUGAGCAAAUUUAUAGUGAAUAAAUGAGAUAGAAAUCA